CAUUUUGCCGUCUCACCAGAAACGGAGUCAGCUUCGAUAUCAAGCGGAGCGCGCGCCAUAGAUAAGCCGCGAAGCUUCCGAAACUUGCGAUUCCGCCCUCUCUCUCUCUCUCUCGUACUUUCUCGCUCGCCCCCUUCAGUCGCUCGGCGAUUUUGCUGUGGUUCAGGCCUCUGCGCUUUCCCGGCGGCGCGAUUGUCGGCGGUCCGAAAUGCCGGAGGAGUUGUGCUCGGAGCGGCCGUUGUUCGGCGGCGCAAUCAGCAGCAAAUUUCCCAACAGAUUCGAGGACGUGAGCAACAUCAGGCAAGUCCCUGACCACCAGGAGGUGUUUGUGGACCCGUCGAGGGAUGAGAGCUUGAUUUUCGAGCUCUUGGAUUUCAAGCAUGAAGUGGGAGAUAGCGGAAGUGCGGUGUGGUUUCUACAAGACCUUGCCACUGAACAGGAUGCGGAACAAGGCACGGUGAUUGAACAGUCGGGAGUGGUUGAGGCCCCUGGGUUGACUUACAGAAACAUACCUGCUGUCGUUACCACCGCAGUUGGACAGAUGGCUAUCUCCAAGGGACGGCAAGGAAGGGAAACGCAAAAUAUAGUGAGGGUCUAUUUGGCCAAUUUGCGCCUGAAGGAAGUUGGGACAGAUGUAUUAAUUGCUGCAUAUGAGCCUAUAUUAAUAAACCCUUUGAGUGAAAGUGCAAGAACAGUUGGUGCUGGAUUAACUGCCCCUGCAUCUCAAUCUGGAUACAUGCCCAUGGCCGAGGUCUUUAAACUUGCAGCCUCUAGCUUCAAAGUCAAUGAUUGGAGCCUGUUUGGUCCUUCUGCUUGAAAUCAUAUCCAUGCAUAGUUCGUACCAAAUUGGCAUUUCUGGAUAUAUAAGGUAGAUAAAUUGCAGGUCCCAGUACUUCUUCGGAGUCUCCUGACUUAAUGGCUAGUUUUUGUCGGGAAUAUGUGUCCAUCAACUUAUGGCUAGAACUCUCAAAUGUGUCUACGAGAAGGGUUUGCAAAAAGCAUUGUUCGAUGAUUUUCCCGCCGAGGCUAGUUGGCCUUGUUGAUUUUCCUUUCAUCUGGUUGAUAUUCAUUGGGAGGCACGCAAUUCUAGUCAAUGUAUGUCGGGGACAACUCGAUCUUGCAUGCUAAACAUAAGGCUAUAUCUUCGAGUUGCA